CAAUCACUCAUCGGUUUAACAACGUCAAGUUGAUUGGAAAACAUGAGUACAGGCCUGAAUUUAAUUUAGUAUUGAUUUAAAAAAAUCUAGCUGAAGCUAUAUCAAAAACUAAUGGUAGACAUGUUUCCUAGCAUUAUAAGAACUCGCAUUAUGAUCUGUGGGUACAAUUUUAUAAACAAUGCAGAAAUUCUAUUCUAGACCCACCACGUUGAACCACUCAAAAUACAUCUCGAUCAACUGCCCAUCCUAAGUGCAACAACGAUCUAACGCGAACCGAAAACCAUUGAAAUGCAAUUCAUCUCAAUCGUGUAAGUGCGCUGUGACAUCGCGAGUGAAUUUAGUUCAUCCAGUAUGCAGCCCCAUACCGUGUGCGCAGGCGCGUGAACCGUCCGGCCGUCUCCGAUCUGUCGUUCCCCACGUGCGAUGUAUUGCCCAAGGUGUGGACUCCGCUUUAGGACGCUGCGCAGCGUCGCACUACGCGACGCGACUUAAGGUGGCACGCUGCUGGGAUGCCUCACGAGAGUGUGCGGUUGGUCUUUACAUAUCCAUGUGUCAGUGCGGGUAGAAUGCGGAUGACGGGUACAUAUUCACGGGUACGACAAGUACAUAUCAUGCAAGGGAGACAAUGUUUUGAGGGUGUCAGGAUGAGGCAUGCACAUCCAGACAUGCGAUAGCUACAAGCUAGUGACGCGAUAUGAGCGGCGACAAAUCGCGCGACGCCAUGGCGCCUGCUGUAGCUCACCAAUCGGCGAACGGUGAGCCCAACAUGGCCGCCGACUACGUGAUCAGCGAGUACAUGGAACGACUGGGGACAAGGCUGAACAUACUCGAGACGGAGCUGAAGUACGCCUGGCGGGCGCUGGAUUUACUCUCCCAGGAGUACAUCAAGAUGUGGGAGAGGCUGGAGAAGCUGGAGGGGUUGCUGUACGAGCAGCAGAGCGUCAUUUCGCAGCUGCUCGAUUUUUAUACGACGGGAGGGGGUACUCAACACUCAGCGCAAGCCACCGUGGCUAUGCUAGAAGGUCGGCUGGGUGAGCUGGAGGUGAUCAGAGAGAUCCUGGGCAACGGAGCUGUGGAAGAUGGACUGGAGGAAGGCCUGGAUGUCGCCCAACCAGAUAUCCAGGAGCUGGAUGAAAUGAACAUGCCAGAUGAGGCAUUCUACAAGAGCCUUAACCAAGCAUAUCGGGAAGACCUGGAUCCAUCUUGUCAGGCCAGUCAGCUGGACAUGAUUUGGGAGGAGCGGGAAGAGAUGGAAGAGAACUCGGAGAGGAAGGGAGAAUGCAAGGAUGUGGAAGGAGAAAUAUAUAGUGCUUUGGACUACAAGGACUAUCGAGGAAAUUCGCCUUGCGUCAGCGAACAAGACAUCGCGCAACUAUCCAAGAUCGAUCAGAUCGAUCAAGUGACGAUAGAGAAACUGAACGAAUUAGAUAGACUGAGCAAUAAGCUGCAUCAAGACUCUGUGAGCAUCAAGCAGCUUCAAAGGAAGCUGCUAGAAUCACCGAUGUCCGUUAACGAAGACAAAAAGGAAGAAACGACGGAGGACAACUGGACAUUUACGAGUGACAUUAGGAGCAAAGAUGACCUGCUCAUGCUCAAAUCUGAUUUACCCUGCCUGCUGUCGAAAAGUGCUAGCACUGCAGCUGCCUCCUCUUAUUCGACAAGACCUAGUUCUAGGUUAUCUGUAACGGAUACGGACAAUGAAGUUGCAGAGACCUUGGCGGGAGGUAUCCGAACCCCCACCUCCCCCAGACGAAGGCACACAAUCGAAGUAACGACAUGCAACGAGCCUUUCACGACCGUGACAGGCCGAUUGGCGUACAGCGCUGCAGUGCAACAUGUUGAGUCUGCAGAAGCAGCUGCAGCAGCUGCGCUAGCUGCGCAAAACCCCAAAAACCCCUUCUAUUGCGGCUCUGAUUAUAUGAUGGCCGCGUCCUAUGAAGCCGUCCCGUGUUCAACGCCAAGCAUCUUCAGCGUCCGAUCCGAGAAGGCUGGCUCCCCAACGUUGUCUAUUUGUAGCUUAAGGACUAGGCAAGAUGGGUACAUCGACACCCAAAUGCCGCAUGAGACGAGCGCCUCGCCAAGCCCCCCUCCACCAGCACCGACGAACAUCUGCAACUCAUUCGCAAUGUCCAACUCCACCAUAGUUCCUUCAACGACUGCGUCGAACGUCUUCCUGGGCCCAGACAGCAUGGCCACGGCAUGCGCCUCCUCGUCAAUUAUGCCCGAACACCCGCCCAAGUCCCCAAAGACCUCUCCAAGGAGAAGCAAGUCGCACUCAUCCAACAUCGUGGCGGCCAAGUCCGAUUCUGGGCUGUCCUCAAUGAGCGGCUGGAGCAGCCUGGAGAAGUCUCCAGGCUCGCCGAAAAACGGCACAAACAAAGUUGCCUUAAACUAUUACGGAUACUCAGCGGCAAGACCCGUUUCUCCUGCCGUUGCCACCUCGUCCAGUUCCAGGCCUUUCACGGAGUCGUCCGUGGAUACGAAAAUACCGGAAGGUUCCCAUCUGUCCUCAAACUUUCUACCUGGAGGCCAUCAUUUGUCGGCCUUUACGACAGUCAAGUCACCAAGUGGGCUGAAGACCUUGGAUGGCUAUGGGAACUUUGUGCCAGCUCCGGCACCAGCAUCAGACAUCAACGUUAGUCCGCGCAAGAAAAAUGAAGCUGAUAAGCAACCACAACCACCGCAGCAGCAGCAGCAGCAGCAGCAACAACAACAAGAUCAACAGGAGUACAGGGAAUGCAUCUACCGGGACGACCAGCCCGCCAUCUAUUCGGUAGCGGGCAGCAACAGGGAGACAUACACCUCAGUCUACACGAGCAACAGUGCGGACUACAUCAAUCAGAGCGUGCACUAUCCAGAUCUGGUAGAACCAUACGAAAACAACGAAUUUUUCAACGCCCAGCAAAGAUACUACUACAACUCAUUUUCGUCGAUGCCAUCCAGUGAUUUUCCGGUGGAAACCAUCCCUCCAAAGCGUCAAGCUUCUAGGUCCUACUCCGCCAGCAAAGCUGAAGGUGUGUCAAAGCACGAAGGUUACAAGACUGCAAUGUACCGCACGAUGUUUCCUUCAGGCAACAUCACGGACGCCUUGUCCUACUACCCUACCUCGACGAGGUACGAGGUCGGCAGAGGCAUGCCUCCGGUCGAAUACUCUGACCCGAACGCUUGGAUGGCGGGACAGCCAGAUGGGCAGUUUCCUGAUAGCACCAGUACUUCUAGCUCAAUGAGGUCGGCGGAGACGUCGGACACUGGAUAUAGUCCGUACAUGGAUCGGAGGCAGAAGAGCCAACAUCAACAGCAGCCCAUUUAUGAGAAUCAACAACAAAUCAAUCAUCAUAAUAGACAGCAGUGGAAUCAGAGGCAGGAUAUACCAUACCUAGAGCUGGAUUUGAGGAACAGGAAUGUUCCUGAGUACGUAGUUCAGCAGCAGAAUGGACAGAAUACGUACUAUGAUGCUUCCGGGGUCAUCAUGACGCAGUCUGGAUACAUCACGAUUUCUUCUGGCAACGAGCACCAUACACAUCCCCAUCCACGUGAAGAGAAACCAAAGAAGCUCAAAAGAGGCAACACACUCAAAUCAGCCAUGAGCUCUGUGAGCCAUUGGCUACCAGAUCUACACCUAACCAAGAGAACAAGAUCUUUCUCGUUACCAGGUGUUAGUAGGAAAGAAGACGUUCGACCUCCUGGUGCAAUGAGAAAGAAGAAGAAAAAUGGAAUCGUCUCAACCGUUUCCGGUAUUAUCCAAAAAGCGAAAAGAAAAGGAGGUCAUUCACAGCCUUACACCCAGUCGUUGUCUGACCCAGAACAGUCAGAGAACGAAUGGACGGUCAACCGGACGAGGUCUGUGGUCUCCGAAGAUGACAGGAGCGAAGACAGUUCCAGCGUCUUCUCAGAAAACCAGUUCGAAAGAGACAUAUUCCCCAAGAUAACGACGACGACAACAGGUGUCCCUAUGGUAAAACAGAAAAAAGCUAGUGCGCCGACAGCAGAGCAGCACAGAACUGAGGAUGAGUUUCCGUUGCAACCGGUUUUCGAGUCUGUUACGUUCGAGAAGACCCCCACAAAGCCCGAGAUCGCAGAGAAUGGGUACGAUGAGGACCACUCAGCCAGAAGCAACGAAAGCAACUCCAGCGCUCUAUUUGCCACAAUAGGAGAUGUCAAAAAGAGCUCAUCCUCAGAAAAAAGUGACGAAACAGUCAUAACAGAAUCCAAGAUGGUAGUUGUAGUUGGAGGAGCCUCAAUGGAAUUCGCAGUAUCCCGAGCUCUUGGAAAAUAUAGGCAACGUCAAUCAUCGUCAUUCUCAGACGAUCAGAUCGUCAGCGAUGAGCAAGGUGUACAAAUUGAAGAGAUCGUCGAUGAACCCACUGUUCCUUCAAUAGAGAAAGUCAGCCCACCAAAAUCCGACAAAAGCAUGUCUGAUAGAGUUUCAGAGAAGACAAUCUCGGAACAAAAGUCGAGUGAUAGCCAAAACAGUUCCGAAAACAACAAACCAAUUGCUUCAGAUGGAACUGAAGGCAGUCCUUCUUUCAGCCUCAGAUCUCACGCAAUCAGGUUCCUUCCAAAACAUCAAAGUUUGGACAUACCUGGAGGUAGAGACGAUGAUGACAAUAGAAGCACACAUUCCUGGAGGAGUACCUCCAGGGUGUCAUCUAGAAGGCAGAGUACCGAGGAUAGUAUUGAUAGCGAGGAUGAAUGGUACUGUUAUGAGUUGAGGAAAUUAGAGGAAAUGGAGAGACAUACACAUUUGGAACACGAAAUGGGUUCGACGUUGCAUGAGGAGCCCGAGCCGACUUCAGACGAUGGGACGGGGCCUGAUGAAGAAGUCAAAGAGAAAAUGUCGUUUGUACUUAGAGAGCUGAGGAUUAAGGCCAAGGUUACUGAAGGAGUCCUUGACAAAAAGGACAACGACCUCCACGUAGUUCAAUCAGCGAAGAGGCGCCAAAGUAACCGCGGAUCGUUCCAGUUGGACAAUGCAGCCGCGCUUUUUGCCAAAAUCACCCACUACCACAGAGAUGAAGAGGAAGAGGAGGCAGCAAAAGCUCAACCUCAAUUACAGAUCAUCGAGCCUGAAGAAGCCCCAGCGGAAGAUUUGGCCAAAGUCGAAGAGGAGGACGAAGAGGAACGCUCUUCAGGAGACACUUCCGGUCCUGACAGUCCUCGCCACAGCACGGAUGAGUAUGAUGAAGUGGAAAUGGCCAUCAAUGAGGAGUUGGCCAAGUUUCAUUUGAGCGAAGACGUGCAACAAGCCAGGGAAGCUAGAGAAGCUAGGGAAACGAGAGAAUCUGCCUCCAGCAUCAUCCCCGAAAUUCAAAUCGAGCCUUCUUCCACUCCCAAUAGGGAGGAGGCUCCCGCCUCCAAGGAAGCUGGACCAAUGGGCAGUAAAUGGAAACUACUAAAGACCCUCAAAGAGAAGAAGGCCGAAGAAAAGAACAACCAAGGCAAGACAACGGUCGAGCCUAGCGAGAAGGAUAAAGUGAGUAUGUACGGCAUGGUCAAGAGUUUCUAUGAGGUACACGUGAAAACCUAGACGACGCACAGGUAAUAGGUUUAGCUUUGUGAACACUAGUGUUGUUGUAGAUGCACCAGAUGUUACAAAUAUAUAUUAAAGUGACAACGGUGUAUGCUUUGCCUUUUACACUAUAGCAAGAUGAGGUUGUAUCUUCUAAUAAGGUUUUUCCAUCCGAAAUCACAGGGAAAGUUAUUAUCAAAUGGAUAUAUUUUUUAUUCUUAUUUGACAACGUUGAUUGAUGCCUUUUAAGGAAGUAGGGGUUCUGCUUGAAAAAUAAGCUUUUUGUUCAAAACAUUUUAAAAUUGUUCACGUUCACGUGUGCAACGCUAAAUCUUGGGCUCUGUAUUUGGUUAAAGGAUACAACCUGAUUUGAUAAGGUCUACAAUUCUGAAGUAUGUAAACACAAACAAUAAUAUAAGUCAAUUGUACUUAGAUAAGAAUACAUACCUUGUUCAUACAUCUUGAAAUCAUAUCAUAUUGUCAUAUCACACAGUAUCAUCGGUAAUCAUAAUCAUAGACAUCAUAAUGGUUUCGAUUACUUCAUGUUGUCUGCAAGUGGGAAGCCUAUUAGAUGCAAAGUAUCUACUAAUAUCUAUUUUCUAACAAAUGUAAAUUCCUAUUGAGCGGUACCACGGGUAGCAAAAGUAUGCCACAGGAGAUCAUCACACGUCAUUGUCAAUUAAACCCCUUUUGUUUUAGUGCAAACACCAUCAAUACGAAAUAUCUUUGUUGUUACAGUAAACGUGUAAACAUGUGCUCAAAGUUUCCACGCAACGCGAAGUAAUCUUGAUUAUAUUGAGAAAAUACAUAUUUGCGCAAGUAUAUACAUCUACCUUUGCAGCGUCGUCUAGUCGUGAUGAAGAAUAAUAAACGUUGUAUAUAUCUGCCCGAAAGCAACGAAUGAGAAUUCAUCCGUCUUUUCACUGUUUCAACCUCAGAACUAUACUGGAAUCGCAGUUAUCCCAACAGACAGAUAUUGUGAGCCUUACUCAACCUAACUUUUUUUUGGACAGGUAUGCUCUUAUAGCCACUCUCGGGCAGACAAGCUCAAAACAGAUGCCUUCUGUAAGCCUUUUCUGCCAAAGUGUGACAUUCUCCAAAAUACGGCAUACUCACUAAAGACCCUCAGUCGUUUUCCUUGCAUCCCACCAAUGUAAGUGCAUGGCAGCAUCUCAUCGUGGUGGAUAGCAUCGCAGUAGGAUUCAUAUUAAAGGUAUAUGUCUCAACCAAGUUGCUUUCCUCCAUACACACACACACAUGUAUGUGCACAUUCAUCAGAAAAGGAAAUUUAUUGUUGAUUCUCUUCUCUUACAUACCUUGCUCAGCAUCAUUAGUCUCACUAUUGGUUGAAUUUCCUGUUUCCUAUGCACCUUAGGUAGUUUCCAAAGCAUCCCUGUCCCGUAAGUAACUGUGCAUUGUAGAUGUUUAUCUGCACAGCUCCUCUGUCCGUUCAGACCUUAAUGAGCUUCCUAGCCUAUGCUUCAUGGCGCCUCACUUUGGCGGGAUUCCAGUAACCACGAGCAGUGACAGGUAUGCAGGGGUGUCCAGCUGUGCGAGUGACCCUACUAUUUCCUGCCACUGUGCCGUAUCAAAAGCAUUCCUGACCUCAAAGGACACCAUUACACAAAGCUUCUUAUUGCCAUUGCCGCCGCCUAUCCCACAUGACCUAUCUCGACCACGGGCAAUUUAUAUGCAUUAAUAAUUUUGCAUUCUACUAUAACGGUAGGUGUCAUCCGAAUUUACAUAAAAUGGGUUGCAAUUUUCAUAGAAAUUAAUUUUUUACUUUGUUUUUGGGAGAGAAACAGCCAGUACAGUCUAUGCGUUAGUAGUUUGUUUGGUAUCUGAUAUUUCGUUUGUUUGUUAGCAUAAUAUGGAGGUGGAUCAUAGACACAACUACAGAAUGAGUUUCCGAAGUUGUGAAAUGGAUUACGCUGCAAGGGUAGCCAAUAGAAUAGCUAACUAGGUAUCAUAUGUCACGGUGCAAAAAUCUUAAGGUUACUAUGUAUAAGGCUUCCUCUUUUUACCGUUCCAAGGUGAAGACGUAUUUAGAUACUGGAUCCUGAGGUGUGCACUAUUGCUGUAGAUAGUUGUUAACUAAACUUGUCGCUGAAUGAAACUUGAACAUGUAUCAAAAGACGUGUCCCAGACCUCUUUGCAAAUGCUUAUUUGAUGAAUGUUGUUGUUAUAGGCUAUAUCGUCAAAAUUUUAAGUAAAUGUUAAACUGCUUGGACGUUACGUGUUUUUUGGUUCAGGUGUGACAAGAAUUCUAUCAAAUUCCAACCAGCUUCUAAAUAUUUCAGGCAUAAUAAUUAUUCUCGUGCCUUGCAUGUUCUCCACUGUUUUACCCAAAAAGCCAACUCUCUCCUUCAAAGUCAUAUUCUCUCAAAGCAGGUAACGUGUGAGUAAUACUAUCUCCAGCACACGUGCAUAUAACUUCAAAACUCCUAUAACUAACUGCCUCCGAACGCAAUAAAUUUGAAGUAAUAAAAGGGAAAGUAUUCAGAAAGUUGAUUAGCGAGACUGUUGCACUGCUAGCAAAGGGUCUUGAAAGUCGGGAAAUAUAAACAGCAAUGAAAACAAAUCGACUUACCUCUUGUUCCAGUCUUAGUAGGAAUGAGAAAAAAUUUAAUUAGUCGUUGAAAGUUUGUGCAUUUUGUUAUCGACAUUACCCAAGGCACAUCUCAGGUCUCUAGAAUUCAUACGUUCGUUGCCGUUUUAUAAAACGCCCAUCCAUAUCGACUUCCAUUUUUUCAUUAACACAUAUCAUUUCAUAUCCUUCAUAUAGGUGUAUAAAUCAUAUUUUGUCUUUUAAUUACAAAUAAUACGGAUUAAGUAGUCUCGUUUAUUUGUAUGCCACAUGACAGCGGUUUUUGAUUCGUUCUUUUCAUACAUUUUAUUGCCUUACCUGAAGGGCUUUGCUCUCUUAUGACUUUUUGUCAUUGCUUUACUUUAAUCGCCAGUUCAGACUCAAUCUGUCUCAAUAGUAUCUGCAAAAACCUUCGAGCUAUUAAAUAAAGGCUUGUACAUAUUCAAAAGAUGAACUGUCGAGUUUCAACAAAAUUUUAAUCAAUGAAUUAAAAACAUGCUGCCAUUAAGGAGCUAUGCACCUUAAGCUCGUUUUACAGUGAGGCCUUCCUUGCCUGGGAAAGGUGCAUUUCUCGUCAUCUCUACCACAGGGUGCUUAUCCUCCUAACGGUUGAUACAUACGAUUUUAUUUCAAUGUAAUGCUUAUUUGUUAGUACAAAUUCGUGUUUAAGUCAAUAUGCGUACGUUUGGAAAUUUGCACUUACUGUAUCAACUUUACUAUUGAGACAAAGCGAGUAUCAAAGUACUUGUAUUCCGUCAGCCAUGUUAAUAUUUUUCCUGUUUGAGGCUAUUUUGAUAACGAAGUGUAACUUUAAAAUAUUUACCUACCGCUAAAUAUCAAUGGUAUAAGUUAACCCAUUGUAAGGUACUAGGCACUUUUUGGGACAACUGUCUUACAAAAUUGAUACAAAAGUGACUGUUUCCAAACAAGGGACCUAAUGUAACUUUUAUGGGACGUUAUAGAGCGACUAGCUAGAUAUAUGUUGCUGAAUUAGAAAACCACUUUUAGGGCUCAGCUAAGCUUUAACAAAUACAAAUGUAUUUUGAUAAACCAGUAUACUCCCUUACAGCUCUACUAUAUAUGUAUAGACUGAAAAUGUAGACUGCUUUUCCAUUAUGUAAGACAAUCUUGCGUUUAUAGCGUUUUGAUAUAAGGUGAGUGUAUUUUAACUCUUCUUUCCUUGAUGCUUCUGGUGCAUUUCGAUCAUUUGUUUUUGGAAUAGGUAAAUAGGGUCACAUCGCAGUCAAGAUCAGACAUUGGUGUGCACGUUUUGCGAUUCAAUAGCUUUCCUAUUCAACUAUAGUGUUACAACAUAAGUUUUUCUUGUACAUCUUUUACAGAUUUAUUAGUUUAGGUACUGGUGUCAUAUGUAUCAUUAUAUCUACCUGCUUUUGUUAUCACCUUUUUUACAGGAUGUGCAUAUAGUUCUAUACGAUAUUCCAUAACUGCAUUAAUUAAUUUCGGUCUGCUAGUCGAGGAGGUAAGAAUUUACAGAUUAUUCCAUUAUAACUGUUUUCUAGGUCAAUAUUCCUCAUCACAUUUCGAUUUUGUACACAGUCAUUAUUCGUUAGUUAGAUCGCUCUUUGGCAUUUGAUCCGCGGACUUAUAGCAAAGCUGUCAGGCUCUGGAUCAGAGUCUUCUACGUUUGGACCCAGCACAGGAUGCGGCAGAAUUACAAAGCACCGGUAACAGUCAAAGUGAUUACUUAGAAUAACAUUUUGUAGAUAUACGGUGCUUAUUUAUGGAACUGGUGAUGUGAGCAGCGUGAAAUUCAGCUUUACGAUGUUUUUGCACGAGUUAUAUAACAUGAAAGUGACAAUUGAAACUUUCAGGAUGGUGCUCUGCCUCCAUGUUGAAGGAUGCAAGACUAUAUCAACUUUCUUUUUUUGGAAAGAGCUGUCUGAAUGUGUAACAAAAUCUGGACCAUUCUAUGGAAAGUGUCAAGAUCUGUGAAUCUUUUCGAAAGGAAGUAUCUCAUGUUAUGUUCCGCAUUUCGAUAUACUCUAUUAGAAUGAAAAAGAUUAAUGCAAGGCACUGUAGCUUUUUGGUAAUUAAUUGUUAAAUUAUAAGCGAUUCAAUGUACAAAAACGCUCCACUUUGGCAGUCUGACACUUCGUCAUUUUGAAGGAUAGUAAUAUAGUUUAAAGAACUGAUGAGGAGUCUCAAAAUGCGAUGUCACAUUCCAUAAAAAAAUAUAGCAUACAGCCACCAUUUUCCAAUUUUCAACAGUCACUUUUACACUAAGAUAUGUAGUAUUCAAGCAUCAUUUUUAUCGUCUCUCAGUUUGCUACUUGACCUGUUCAAAGAAUAAAAGGGAUUGCCUCUUUGAUAAGCACUGUAUCUCAUUAAUAUUAUUUCGAACCUUCCUUUAUCAUAUUACAUUUGAGAACUGGGAGCUUUUGAUCCCGUGAUAUUGGGUACAAGUCUGUUAUAAGGUGCGGCAAAUGAAAGUUGUCCGACUUAAAACAUUUGCAUCACGAUGCAUGACGCCAUGUCGGUAAGCAUGGCUAGUAAAAUAACCUAGUUAUGCUUGUUAGGGAACAAAUAAGGGUACUUAUCAUAUUAUUUGCCUAAAGAGUGGUCGUUAAUGAGGGAGUGUUAUCAUAUGUUGAAGAGUAGAAAUAAAUGCUUUUAGGUGAGGCUGUCUAGACAACGUUAAUUACACCAACGAUUGGUCAACUACGCAAUGUUAGGUUAGACAGAAUGAGAACCUCAAACAUACAUUUCUCUUUUGUUACAAAAGUAAAUCGUGUAAUAUUUCGCUUAGGGCGUUAAAAGUUAAAUAUCUAUGGGAUGAUCUUUAGGUUUUGAUAAUAGCUUUUGUUUUACAAGAAGUUAUAAAUCACACUUUUAGCGGGUACAAUCAGCUCCAUGAAACCAGCAGUUAUCCAUAAAACAUGUUUGCUAUCCCAUAGCUAUUCAACUAUUAGCAUCCUGCACGCAAUAUUUUAUUAUUUAGUUUAUUAACAUAACAGAAAUAUACGUUUCAAAUUCAAAUUUUCAACUUCAUAUUGUGUAUUUUAGACAACUUUUGUUGGUGUGUUUGAUAUAGUUACUACUCGUAGUUUCCUACACAGUCCCAAUUAAAAGGGUUUCUAUAAUAUUUAGUCCUGUUCUGGACUACCAAUGUAUUUCGUACCAUACUAUUUGACCUUGCUAGCAUUACUUGUACCCAGUCCACUAAUCUUGCAACUAGUUUGAAAAUCGACGACCGUGUUUCUUUGGUGAUAAAGGAAAUAAAUUGUGAGCCUAAAGUACACUCACUACCAUUAGGAUGAAAGGGUCAUGACCUGUGGAAAACUAAUAGAGUUCAGUAACUGUUUUUAAGAAGAUUUUUCUCAUAUCUUAUUGUCAGUUCUAUUAUAUUGUUCACAAACAUGAAGUAGCUUCUCUUUUACUAUGAUAAGCUUUUGAGCUUCACAUACUACAAUGGAAUUAUUUAACCUGCCCAAAAAUUCGUUGGAAAGGAAAUCAUUUCCUCGUCAUGUACCAUAAAUAUGGCAGUCUUAACCAUUAACCCCUCACAUCCGCUAUCUUGGGUAAAGUAGUCAAAUAGCAAUUCUCGUAUAUUGACACCUGGUUUUGUGACCCAGCACGGUGAAAGUGUCACUCUGUUAGGGUAAGAUAUCCGCAUCAUAAAUUUUCAUUACUUAACCUAACAGCGGAAUCAAAGGGUACAUUGAUGCUUAACAUUGAUGGCGCAGCGUAGUAUUCCUGCCCAACAUGUCGCAAUACUAAAUGAUUGGACUGUAAGCAACACGUACUUCUAUAUUCGGACUCCCACCUUCUGUUACGAUUUGCUUAAUAUGCCGUAUAAAGUCAAGCAGGAACAGAAUUAACUAAAAGUGUAAUACAGUUGAUACACUAGUAGUUUUCCAUGGACUCAUUUGUAAUAACGACUAGGGCAAUACUGUUAGUUGGUAUUUAUAUAUGUUAGAUGACACUAUUAUACGCUUAUAUAUAUACUGUUGAAAAACGCUUUCGAAGAAUGAACCUAAGACAUUGUGCUAAAAACAGUAUCAACUGUCUUUUGUAACCACAAUUGCACAUAAGUAAUGUAUAAACUAAGUACAUUGUUUGUUUCAACGGAAAUGUUGAUUUUGAAUAUUGUAAUAUGUUGUUGUUGUGAAUAAAGAGUUUCUUUUUUAUUAAAACAUACCCCAAGCCCCUUUUGGGGCUAAAUUUGUUGGACG